AUGAUUCCUGUGGCUGGUCGCCGGCGUGGCCAAGCUACAAACGUCGCUCCCGCUGUGGCAGCAGAAAACGUCUCAUUGCAGAGAGGAGCCGAACCCGAUUGGCUCUUUGACAAUGACGAUGACAAUAACAAUAACAAUAGAAGACAAAUCAUCCCUUCUGCUUCAACUAGCGCAACAACGCGGGUUCCUCCUACUGUUCCUUCUGCGCAGGAUGCGUUGUCUUUUCUUGACUUUGAUGAUGAACCUAUGGUGAUAUCCACAACAAUGCCACCAGCAGCACCAGCGGCACCGUCUUCCUCUGCUGUUCCCUCAACUUCUACUUUUUUAUCGCCUAGAUCUGUUCCAUUAGCAGGAACAUUAGGGGUAAGAGAACGAGAAACAGGAACAGUUCCACCUCCUCCCUUUCUUGUACCUGAUACACCUGUUAGUGAUGUCAUUCCGUCUUCUUCAAGUCAUCCUACCUCUUUAUCUUCUUCGUUAAAAAUACGAUGCGAGGAAUUACAACGAGAAUCACAGAUAAUAGAGGCGGAAUUACAAGAACGUGAAAAGUGUAUUAAACUCCUAGAGAGUAAUGAAGAUGAACUAUGUAAAGAGGUAAAAGCAUUAGAAGAGGAAGUACGUGUAAAGAAGGAAAAAGAGGAAGAAGGGGAAGUUUUAUUAAAGUUAACAAAAGAGGUUUUAGAAGAAAAACGACAAAAACUCUUUGAGGAAAGAGAUGCUUUUCAAAGAGAUGAGUUUGAUAAAGAAUUAAAUAUAUUAAAAACACAAUAUGAGAGUGAAAUAAGGAGGAUUGAAACUUCUGUAAAUGAACAAGAGGCAUUAUUAUUGGAUUUGGGAGAAAAACAUGCUGCUAUGAGUAAAACUAUCAGUAUGACGGAUUAUUUUGAAAAUGCACUUCAAAAAAUAGAAGAAAAAUUAGGGAAAGGAAUACAUAGUAUGGGAACUAGCAUGUGUAUUCGUGUUAAACCUAUUCUUAUUGAUAAUAUUCGAGAUACAGUAGCAGAUGCGAGACAACAACGUUUAGAUAUUAUUUCAAAUGAUAGACAAAAAAGACGGGAAGAAUUAGAUAGCUUUCAUGAGAUAAUAAAGAAAAAUAUGAGUGAAUUCCGUCAAGAAAGACGUGAGAAACAUAAAAUUAGAUUAGAUUCAAUUUUUGGUCACAGUAUAUCUCAAUCUAGAUCUGCUCUAGAAACACGUCUUUCAACUUCAAGACAACAGUUUUUAGAACAACAAAAAGUAGCUACAUCAGAGUCUCAACGGUAUAUACAACAUGCAAUUGAUGAGAUCGUUAAAAGAUCUGGAGAAGAUUUAAAGAACCUUGAAAAAAAAUUUCACGAAGAAUUAAAACGAACAGAAUCACAAAAUACUGCAGAACUUGAACAUCAUGCACGUCUUUACACUGCAGAAAGAGAGGCAGGAAUUCGAUCUCAGCGUCGAGCUGAAGAUGAAAAUAAUAUGAAAUCUCUCACACCUUCUGUAUAUAAAUCUGCUGAAAAAAGUAUAAAUCUUUUACGUGAACGUGUAGAACAAUUAAAACAUUCUGUUAUUUUUGAUAUUCAAGAAUUAUCAUCAUCUUUACCAAAAUAUGGGAAUAGUAAUAAUAAUAAUAAUAAUAAUACUCGUGGAAUUCGUGAAAAAGAAGUAAUGUUAGAAGAAUAUAUGCGAAGAACGUCUCAAUUAAGUCAACAAUUGCAAAUAAAAUGGGAACAAUUUAGAUCUGCUAUAUCUCCAUUAGAGCAGUGUGUAAAUUUAUUAUCAGAAUCUUUACAGGAAGGACGUGUGAAGAAUGCAAGUAUGCUACAGAGUAUUGAAUGUAUAUAUCGAGCAUGGAAUCAAGAUGUAAGACGUGAACUUUCACAUUGUUUCACAUCAAAUGCUGCGUCAUCAGACUCUGUAGAACUGGAGAGUACCACUGCAUGUAUGACACAUGUUUUGGAUGAUAUCUUAACUCACCUUCAAGGGUUAAUGAUAACGCAUACGAAUGUGUAUGCAGAACGAAAAAUUUUUGGUUCUGAUAUUAUUCAACAGGUUUCAGAAUUAAGUACACAACGUCAGAACUCUGAAAUUCUACUUCAAUCUGUCCUUGAAACAUGUAAUAAUUUAGCCCGCUUGACAGCAGAAGUGGAGACAAAACAAACUACUUUAUCAAUGGAAGAAGAAGAAUAUAAGGUUGCAAAACAACAGUUAGAGAAGGAAAAGGCGGAAUUCAAUGAACGUUUAAAAUCUGUACAGAAUCUUAGUGCAAAAUUGCGUCGUGAAACUUCACAACUUGAAACAAAAGUGAUUCCACGUGGAUAUACUGAAGAAAAUACACGUGUUCUGUGUGAUAUGACCUCAGAAAGUAUACAUAGUGAGAAUACAAAUUUUAAAAUAAGAAGAAAAGGAACAUAUCAGAAACAGGAACUGCGAAAACCAAUAAUGGGAGAGACAACAAUACCUUAUAUAGGAGCUUCUACAGUCGAAAAUGAUACUGGUGGCUCUUCUAGGAAUGAAAGUUCUACAGGAUUUGUAAGUCUUUUAACAGUUGAAGAUACAUCUCCAAUCCAGAUGGUUACAGAAGAAGCGGAUGAGGCUGAAGAAAGGCGACAGUCUUGCGCCUCAAGUUAUGCACUUUCAUCAUAUCGCAUGUGCGCUGGUGGCGAAAGUAGGUCAUUGACCACACCCUCCACCUCCAACUCAUAA